UGCCCUUCAGUUUCCGAGUGAACACUAUCCGCUCAGGACAGAGAGAGAUGACAAGCGCUCUUCCAUUCCUCUCUUCUUCAUUGAACGCGACGAAGGGAAGCGCCAUCCCUAUUGUUUCUUGCUUCCCAACUUCUGUCUCGCCCGCGUCCAUUCAACUCUCUGCAAAGACUUCUUCCUUCCCCCUCCUUUGCGUGGGAAGAAGGAAGAAGAAGAACUCGCUGUCGCCUCUCUGCACCAGCUAUGAGGUAGGAGGAGGUUUUGCAGAUGAGAAUCAAGAGUCGAUGCGGAGAAGAGAAGGCUCUUCCUCCUUGAAUGACGGCGACGAUAGGCCGGACUCCUCCAACUACGAGGCCCUCCUCAGGGGGGGUGAGCAAGUCACCUCUGUCCUUCAGGAAAUGGUCAAACUGUUAGAGGAUAUGGACAUGGAUGAAAAAUCGGAAGAAGUUGCAGUUGAGUUGGCAGCUCAGGGAGUGAUUGGGCAGAGAGUGGACCAGAUGGAACCCGGGUUCCUCAUGGCACUUGAUUACAUGAUCCAAACUGCUGAAAAGGAUAAUGAUGAUCAGCGUAAGUCAAUCUUGGAAGUGAUCAAGCAGACCGUUUUGGAUCACCUUGCCAAAAAGUGUCCUCCUCACGUUCAGGUUAUUGGUCUUCUUUGCAGAACUCCUCUCAAGGAAAGCAGGCAGGAACUACUACGUCGAGUAGCUGCUGGUGGUGGUGUAUUCAAAAGUGAUAAAGGCACAAAAGUUCAGCUUCCAAGUGCCAAUUUAAAUGAUAUUGCAAACCAGGCUGAUGAUCUUUUGGAGACAAUGGAAACCAGGCCAAAAAUUCCUGAUAGGAAGUUGCUAGCGAGGCUUGUUUUGAUAAGGGAGGAAGCAAGGAGCAUGAUGGGUGGUGGGAUAUUGGAUGAAAGAAAUGAUCGUGGCUUAAAUACACUCCCACAAGCAGAGGUGAACUUCUUAACAAAGCUGGUAGCGUUAAGACCUGGAAAUGCUGUCAGGAACAUGAUAGCUGAUGUCAUGGAAGGAAGAAAUGAAGGUGCGGAAGUUUAUGGGAAUGAUCAAGCAUCAAGUGGACUUUCUGGCAGGGAAAGCGUGACUGCUCGAAAUCCACUUCCUGUUCGUCCAGGCAUGUUUCUUGAGACUGUUUCAAAGGUGCUGAAAGGAAUCUAUGCGGGAAAUGUAUCCGGUAUCACUGCUCAGCAUCUGGAAUGGGUUCAUCAAGAAACUCUUCAGAUCCUUGAGGAGAUAGCAUAUUAAUUUGCUGGGGUGGUUUCUUUCUCACGAGGGGUGUAUAAUCUUAACAGUGAUGUAAAAUCCAUUUGACCAUCUGUAUAUUAAACCAAGUUCCUUAGGUAGAACAGAAAUAUGGAAACAUUGUAUAUGGAGACAAUUAUUUUUCCCUGUUUGGUUAAAGUCUCCAUGCAAAGGAAACAGGUUUUUGACUGAAUUAAUGAAGAUUCAUUAUUGCUAAUGCAAGUUAA